AUUAUACAUGCACGUGGUACCAUGCUAAAUAAUAACCUGCUGAUCCUGAGUUAAUAACUAAUGCUCAAGCAAAAAAGGUAAUGCAUCAUCGGGGAGGGGAGAAGGGCUUACUUCAAAUGACAGCUUAUUCGAAGGUGUGCUUUUUUGAGCAGUGGGAACUUUUUAUCGCUUCGAUUUAUUCCAGAGAAAACGCAACUCUUCAUGUGGAUUGUCACGAUACAAACAACAACAAAAAGGAUAUCCAGGCAUUGACAAUGACAUUUAACCUUCCUUACUUCCUGGUUUACCAAGGAACUUUCACCAGGUCCGGGUCCGUUGAGCUAUCUUCAGUUCGUAACAACACUGGCCGUCUGGUAUUCCAGUUUUCGUCUUUCAAGAAGUCUGAAAACAUCAACCUCGACAUUAGGCUUCUCGUGAUGAAACAAGACCGCGUGCCGAAUGGAAAGGAGAGUACGUCAGCAGGUCGCGUGGAUCUUUUGUACCAAAGAGGAAUUGAAGGGUGCUCUCAAAGUCUCCACACCUACAGAAACUUUGAAAUAUUGGUGUAUAACCCAGACUGUGAGAACUUUGGUCCCUUGGGGAUGACAGACGGAAGCAUCAAAGAAAGCCAGCUGAUUGUCUCCUCAGUGUUCCAAAUACUCAGUCAUAAAGUUGGUCAAGAGCCAUACGGCGCCGGAUUACAUAGAGAGGAGUACUGGGCACCAGCUGCCGGUCUCUCUUCACAUGACCGAAGGCAGUACGUUCAGGUCGACUUCAGAAGUCUUAAAGACAUCAAAAUGAUAUCAGCUCAAGGUCAUCCGAAUUCAAAGGCGCCGAUUGAAUGGAUGCAAAUCACAUCGAGCAAUGAUGGGCAUCUCUGGAAAGACUACAGUAACAAGAAUAUUAAGGUGACACACUGAUCUUAAUUAAGCAGGCUGAGAACAAAUUGAAAUUUGCAAGUCCUUUAGUAUGGGAAACUCCUGCACCUUCUUUUUUUCGCGUUCAGGUUUUAACGCUCGGUUGUGUUCUUGCAAUUGGGAAAGGCUAAGAAAGGAUGAAGGCUAAUGAUAGUUAAGGAGGAAGCGUGGAGGCAGGAGGCAGGAGGUAGCGUGGCAGAGUGGUUAGGGCGCUGGACUUGAAAAGUCCCGCUCUGACCACUAAGCUGGAGUUGUUUCAUAGUAGA